UGUUAAAGGGACCGUCUCCACCCUGGCCCAUUCGCCCGCGGGGACUGGUGACGCAUUCUGCCACCUCCCUAUCCCGUCGGGUGCUCAGCCAUGGCCAGACCUCCCGCGCCCGGUUCGGUGAUUGUCCCAGACUGGCAUGAGAGCGCUGAGGGCAAGGAGUACCUGGCCUGCAUCCUGCGCAAAAACCGCCGGCGGGUAUUCGGGCUGCUUGAGCGCCCAGUACUGCCCCCGUCUGUGGUCAUUGACACUGCCAGCUACAAGAUCUUCGUGUCUGGGAAGAGUGGUGUGGGCAAGACGGCACUGGUGGCCAAGCUGGCUGGCCUGGAGGUGCCCGUGGUGCACCAUGAGACCACCGGUAUCCAGACCACUGUGGUAUUUUGGCCGGCCAAGCUGCAGGCCAGCGACCGUGUUGUCAUGUUCCGCUUUGAGUUCUGGGACUGCGGGGAGUCUGCACUCAAGAAGUUUGAUCAUAUGCUGCCGGCUUGCAAGGAGAACGCAGACGCCUUCCUCUUCCUUUUCUCCUUCACUGACCGUGCCUCCUUUGAAGACCUCCCUGGACAGCUGGCCCGUGUUGCAGGCGAGGCCCCUAGUGUUGUCAAGAUGGUCAUUGGCUCCAAAUUUGACCAGUACAUGCACACAGAUGUGCCUGAGCGUGAUCUCACAGCCUUCCGACAGGCCUGGGAGCUGCCCCUGCUGCGGGUGAAGAGUGUGCCAGGGCGGCGGCUGGCUGACGGGCGCAUGCUGGAUGGGCGGGCUGGGCUGGCUGACAUUGCCCACGUGCUCAAUGGCCUCGCUGAGCAUCUGUGGUACCAGGACCAGGUGGCCGCUGGCCUGCUUCCCAGUCCCCAAGAGAACGCCCCCGGCUGAGUAGUGUUGGCAUCAGGAGUGGGUCCCAACCCUUGGGUGACCCAGGACAGAGGGCAGUACCAAGGGCCUAAGUCUGGGCAGAAAUAUUGAUCCCAUCCUAAGGACAGGCCAGAGAGACCCAGUCAGGGAGGACAAGGCCUGAGAAAGCCCCUGCCCAGCAAUGCUUCCCUUACAGAAUCCGUGGCAGUGAGGUGGAGGCACACGGCUAACACUCCCUCAGCCUCCCACUGCCCUUUCCCUUUCAGCAGCACCCAUGGAGUGUGACUGGGCAGAGAGGGCACCUCAGCAGGGCCCUGGACCUCAAACAAGUUCAGUCAAGAAGUUCUAGUUGAGGUAACACCAUCUGCUGUAACAGAUAAACCCUGAAAUCUCAGUGGCUUAACUCCA